AUGCUCAGCACUUCGGCCAGCCACUCGCACUUUUCGUUCAACCGAAAUGGCGAUGCUGCACACCAGUCUUCAAACUCCUACGACUUUCUUCCCUCCGUCAGCUUCGACGACCUCCACUCCAGCAUUCAAUCCUCGUCCUCCGAUUUCAAACUCGCACAGUUUCCCUCGCCCACCGGAACUGGGAGCAUCCUAGAUUCCAAAGGCAAGGUCGUCGCCAAGCCGUCAGACAAGAUGAGCUCGGUGCACGCUGCCAACGCAAGCAAUCGAGCCUACAUUCCCUCAUCGGCAUCGGCCACGACGAUAACAACGCGCCCUGCACGCUCGAGCUCUAUAAUAGGCAAACCAAGUACCUCCACUCGACAGCCUAGCACGUCGUCUAUUGCUUCCUCAUGGUCCGCCUCUGGAGAUGGCCUCACAGCGCCUGCCCCAGUCCGCCCCCGUCGCCAGAGCCAGUACCCGCCCGUAUCCAACGUCACGGCAGCGGCCAAGCCCCCGCGAAAGUCGAUGGGCCCUGGAAUCUUGGUUGAUUCAGACACGUAUUCGAGUGCUCAGCGUCGCCGGCCCAGCAUCAUCUCUGAUCGUGGUGGCUCCGAUUCAACCAGGGCUUCGAUCGAUGGCUCAGACGCAACGAGGCCUUUCAACGCGUCUCGAGCUGCCAAGGCCAAAUCUGUGCAGCCUCCCCCGCGUGUCGCCCAGCCGGGCCUCAGUGCCUACGGUGUAGAGUCGAAUCGUCUUUCGCUGGCUGCUCGCUCACCACGUCUCAACGCCAACAAUCGCGCUGGUCUCAACACGUCCUCGGCUGCCAACAAAAGAGCCUCCAUGAUGCCCGGUACAGGUCAUUCAGCGCACGCAAGUGGCCUUGGGGCGAGGACUAUCAGUCCAACUGACACGCGUCGUAUGAAGCGAAUGUCCAUGAUGCCUCCGCCGCCCCAGCCAUUGAACCACGCCGGCAACAUACAGCCCCCACCUCCGGUAUCGAUGGACAAUAGAUCAGCCUCUAGGUCUCCUUCCCUCAAUCCGAGAAAACCGUCACUCACGCCUUCGUCCGCUCGUACAACCCCCGAUCAUAGUCGAAAAUCCCAUACCUCUGGCCUCUCCGUUGGCUCUACUGGCAGCUUCACCUUUGGUCAUCAAACAUCAGCAAAUGCAACGCAGGCACGCGGGCAACCGCAGGCUUCGGGCUCACGGCUACCGGCACCCAAAACCGGUCACAGCUCCCAUACCAGCUCCAGCCAGAAUGAGGAAGAUGAGGAUGUCCCUCCCGUACCAGCUAUUCCUAAGGUAUACGAAUCACCCAAAGAUAACGCGCCUGCUGGCCCAUACUUCCUCGAUAAGAAGCGCUCUGCUCUCAGUUCUGUGGAAACUUUGAGUAUUCACAGCAACUCAACCGGCAGCAUUUCGCUACCUGCUCCGCCCGAGCCUGCAAAGCCCAAGCGUCGUCCAAGUGCUAGAAAGAGCACAAUGGCCACAUCUGGCAAAGAAGAGAAGCAGACUGGUCAAUCGAGGAGGCAUCUACAGCCAUUAACUCUGCCACCUCUGAAUCUCGCUCCGUUGAGUAUCCCGACCGCCGCAAAAGUAGCCGCCCUGCAAGAUCAGCCUGCCAAAGAGCCUCGGUCUAGUCCGCCGCCAACUCGACACGUCCCCAAGACGCCGACUACUCCCAUGACUGCCUCCAAGAGCUCUUUUUUCCAGAACCGAUACGAUGAUUCAAUGGAAUUGCCCGCGCUGAGGAGUAGUAGCACUGUGCAUCACAGCCACCGAAAGAAUAGAUCUCCUCCCGAUGCAGGCUCGUCUGAUUCGUCAUCCAUCAUUAUUCAGGAGCCCAAUAGCAAAUACAGCAUUUCGCCUUACCUCUCCUCAUCGCUUCCCCGAGGUGGCUUCAGCUUCAGCGGCCACAAGCGAUCUAAGGCCAGUGGUGAUUAUUCCACAGUCACCGGCAAUCUUACCGAGGGCCAGAACUCCAAGAAGCCGGGCGCCAGAUCGAUUGAUACGACCAAAUAUACGCCAAAGUCCCCUGGACCAGCGCCGACUCCUGAUGAGCCCCCUACGCCUUCGUCCAUAAGCUCACUUCGACGCAAACUGAGUCUGUCGUGGAAACGCAGCGCCUCCAAGAAUCAUGGGGAUGUACAUGAUACCGGCGACAAGUCCUCAACCGAGGUAGUCCCCCGCUUGCCCAAGUCAACCACAGUAAACAACUUGUAUAAUGCCAAAACGCGAAGCCCCACGAUAUCGGCUGCUACGAGUACGACUAAUGAGCAACGAACCCGGAAGAGCUCUGCGCAAAGCCUGACAAUGCUGCCUCACUCCAAAAGUGAAUCGUGGGGCAAUCGCAAAGAUUCUGACGACUACUCCCACAUGAAGCCCAUCAGCCGAAUUGUGCACUCUACCCACAAGUCCCUGAAACCAAAGAGCUCAUCGACGACUUUGCGACAGACGGGUGCGUACAGCGCAAACGAACUUGACAAAGACGAUCUGGCAGCCAACGAGGAGAUGCGCAAGAUGGGCUCUCGACGCAAGGAGACAGAUAUUGCCGCCCGAACUCUAGAUGCACUCAAGAGAAGGGCAACCCCGAAGGAGCGUGUCGGCCCCCAGGAAGCUAUUCGCAUUGCUAUGCUCAACAUUUACGAACGAGGCGAGAUUAUUGACUAUAGCGAUGUUUACUUUUGUGGUACGCAAAGUGCUCGCAAAGUGGUGGGCGAUUUGCAGUCAGGUUCCCCCAAUUUUGGCUAUGACGAUGAACGUGGCGACUACACCAUUGUUGCUGGCGAUCACCUAGCGUAUCGCUACGAGAUUGUGGACGUCCUUGGAAAGGGUAGUUUUGGACAGGUACUUCGAUGCAUUGACCACAAGCUCGGAAAGCUGGUUGCUAUCAAGAUUAUUCGCAACAAGAAGCGCUUCCACCAGCAAGCCUUGGUGGAAGUUAAUAUUCUUCAGAAGCUUCGCGAAUGGGACCCUCAUGAUAAACAUAGUAUGGUCAGCUUUACACAGAGCUUUUACUUUCGUGGACACCUUUGCAUCUCGACCGAGCUGCUUGAUAUGAAUCUUUACGAAUUUAUCAAGGCGCACUCCUUCCGCGGGUUUUCGCUCAAGAUUAUUCGACGAUUCACGAAGCAGAUUCUCAGCUCACUGAUUCUGCUCAAACAGCGCAAGAUUAUUCACUGCGACUUGAAGCCAGAGAACAUUCUGCUGAAGCACCCUUUGCAUUCGGAGCUCAAGGUCAUCGACUUUGGCUCCAGCUGCUUCGAGAACGAAAAAGUUUAUACCUACAUCCAGUCUCGCUUCUACCGAUCCCCGGAGGUUAUUCUAGGAAUGACGUAUGGUCUGCCGAUCGACAUGUGGAGUGUUGGCUGCAUUCUCGCAGAGCUCUUUACUGGUGUGCCUAUUUUCCCCGGCGAGAACGAGCAGGAGCAGCUUGCUUGCAUCAUGGAGGUUUUUGGUCCACCUGAGAAGCAUCUGAUUGAGAAGAGUACUCGCAAGAAGCUCUUCUUUGACUCGAUGGGCAAGCCUCGUUUGACGGUUUCUUCCAAGGGUCGAAGACGACGACCGUCUUCCAAGACGUUGCAGCAGGCGAUCAAGUGCGACGAUGAAGCCUUUGUCGACUUUUUGGCUCGCUGCCUACGAUGGGACCCCGACCGCCGCUUAAAACCCGAGGAUGCAGUUCAUCAUGAGUUCAUUACAGGUCAAAAGAUGCCGCCUGCUCCUCGCAUGCCAACAAGAGAGUCGUCCCCAGUCAAACGUAACAACACCAUCACCAUGUCGAGGCCCCUACCAGAUCCCCCAAAGACGCUUGGCAUGAUGCGCACUGUGCCGAGUCCGAUCAAAGGCGCGGUUGCUUUGAACGCGGCAUCGAGACGAGCCUCUGGAGCGACUGGUGCCACGGCCGCAAGCCUUAGUCGACGGACCAGCGCAGGACCAGGCAGCGUGACAUCUUCUUCUAGUGGACUGCCCAGGAUUACGGCUCGCUCAACUAGUGGGAAGCCCGACUUGGCGGCCGCAGGUGCCUCAGCGGCGAUGAAUCGGCGAGCCUAG